CUCUGUGCGUGAUCAUCCGAGAGCUGUCGUAAUCUGGCAACAAGCCGCUGUCGCUGCCAGUGUCCGGUCUGCGCACAGUUCGACCGGCAGCUGCUGCCAACGUCGUCGCAACCGAUAUAUACAUAUAUUCCGAGCGCGUGGAACGAUUUAGUUAGUAAAGAUAAUACAAUUUUGGCAACGAUCUCGCUGCAAACGAACAACACACAAACAUACGCCAGCCGAUCUUCGCGAUCUGCACGCGGAAGAAACGACACGUCGAGGUGGCGCGGCGCGACGAGGCUUAUCUCCUCUCGUCUCGGCGCGCGCGCGAUCUCUGAGCUACUUUCGAAAACGUACGAAAGCUUUUCUGUCCUGGUUCAUUGGAUUUUUCGACUUUUUCGAAUCCUGACGGAGGAGUAAUUGUACGUACAGGUUCCAGCGCACGGUUGCAGAGGAUAUCAGGACCAUCUCUUCUUACGAUUUUGCCGGUAUCCCAGAAUGGCUUCCAACCGAAAUCCACUAGAUCGGCUGACGUGCAGACAGGUGCUGAACAUCAUGGUGAUCUUGGGUUUCAUGUUCAAUUACAUGUUACGCGUGAAUCUAACGAUAGCGAUCGUGUCGAUGGUCGUGCCCGAUAACGACCCGUCUCAUCAAAAUGGAUUCAACUACUCGUCCUCCGGUGCAUGCGGCGUCCACCGGGGAACCGUGAUUGGCCCCGGUUCGCUGAAGCACACGACGAUAGGGGAGACGGCAACGGUUCCGAUCCCGGUGAAUUCAUCGAACCGCACAAGCCACCGUUCCUCCUCUCCAUCCAUGGAUGCAGAGAAAAAACCUGAAGAAACGAAACAGACGCGAUACCCGUGGAACGAAUACGAUGUUAAUAUUGUCUUGGGAAGCUUCUUCUGGGGUUACAUCUGUACAGAGCUACCGGGCGGAAGACUCGCGGAGACUAUAGGCGCCAAAAGAGUGUUUGGGUAUAGUAUGCUGGUCUCCAGCGCUAUAACGCUGCUGACCCCAUUAGCAACGACUUACGGCUAUGUCGCGGUUGCUGCUUUACGAACAGUCCUUGGAUUUAUGUUGGGCGCUACUUGGCCUGCCAUACAACCGAUGACAGCCCGAUGGAUCCCACCGACGGAACGCAGCAAGUUUGUCUCCAACAUGAUGGCCUCGUCGCUCGGAGCGGCGGUAACUAUGCCGAUCUGUGGAUUUCUGAUCGCUUCCCUGGGAUGGGAAUCGGUUUUCUAUGUAACCGGCGCGAUCGGGCUUCUAUGGAGCGUGUCCUGGUUCCUCCUGAUAUUCGAUUCUCCCGCCGAACAUCCGAGAAUCUCCGACGAGGAGCGUCGUUACAUCGAGGAUGCGAUCGGUUCGAGCACCGUGACUAAGGGUCUACCCGUUCCAUGGAAAUCCAUCUUCCGGUCAGCUCCAGUCUGGGCCAUUGUAGUCACGCACGGAUGCAGCGUGUUCGGGUAUUUCACCGUUGUCAACCAAUUACCGACUUACAUGAAGUACAUUCUGGACUUUAACAUUAAACAGAAUGGAAUGCUUUCCUCGCUACCGUACCUGGGUAAAUACAUUUUCGCUGUAGCGACGGCUUCACUGGCUGAUCAUUUGCUGAAGAAGAAGAUGCUGUCGGUGACUGCUAUUCGGAAGAUAUUUACUACAUUUGCUGUGAUGAGUCCAGGCCUGUUGAUGAUCGCGCUGGCGUAUCAGGGAUGCGAUCGUGUCGCCUCAGUGGCGAUUUUCACAAUCGCGUUGACCAUCAACGGCGCUGUCACGGCCGGUUAUCUAGGGAACGGUUUGGACAUCGCGCCAAACUUCUCCGGAACGAUUUUCGGCUUGGCGAACACUCUCAGUUCGUUGGGCGGAUUUCUGAGCAGCCACAUGGUCGGCUCGAUAACGUAUAAGAAUCAAACGUACGCGCAAUGGACCAUCAUCUUUUGGAUCUUGGCAGCGACCUACUGUACCGGCGCUCUGACCUUCGCGAUCUUCGGCACUGGUGAGCUGCAGAAAUGGAACAAUCCCGUCGUGGCGGAUGCACGGAAUAAAGAAAACGACGAAAACGUCCUCGAUGUCGAAGAAUCGCUGCCUCUGAAGGGCAAAACGAUUUCCUAACGAAAAAUUCGUUAACGUUAAGCGAUUCAAAGUUAAACAAGUACAAGUAUUACUAUGUAAUAAGGCACGCUUCAAUUUCGUGUACUCGAAAUGAGUUUUGUAAUUUAUAAAUGAUCCGUCGUUAACGAAC